CGCCCUAUUCUUGAUUCGCUGUCGUCAGUAGCUAUCAUUUUCCAUGUCUUCAUUUCAUCAUUUCAACAACUGCCGGCCGCGAAACUAUUCCCACCACUCGAGUGCGUCGGUUGGUCGAACAAACCGCCGCGUUGGAGUCGAAUUCUGUGCAAAUCUGACGGCUCAGAUCUUACUUUCCUGGGCUCAUGCUGACUCGCCAAGGACUAAAAGGGAGAAUGGGAGGGGCCGAUGAUUGAUGUCAUGGCGCCACGCUGGCGCCACGGCGUUGACGCCUCGGCGAUGAAGAAAGGCCCAACAAGAUUCGUGAUUUACAUGCAUGCACAAAAGCUAGCGCUUCUAUCACCUAUCGGGAGCUGUCGUGUUGCAAUUUGCAGAAACUUGUUAUCGGGGUCCGGUGCAGAGCAAGUGACGUAGCUGCUGUAUUAUUGCGUCGAGGCCAUUCCACUACCUCUCAGGCACAGAGUUCUGAAAAGCUCCUCUGCGACGUGCCUCCAGACACGGCCCGGUCUCCGGCGUUCUCCUACCCGUUGCGACAUAGCUCUCCUCUAGCCUCACGCAGCAGAGCAGCACCAUGUCGGCCGGCGGCAUUCUGAGGGGCAAGGCGGCGCUCAUCACGGGCUCCACGCAGGGCAUCGGUCUGGGCGUGCUCAAGGCGCUGGCGGCUGCCGGCUGCGACGUGUCCAUGCACGGCCUGCCCACCGACCGGCCCAAGAUCGAGCGACUGUGCGCCGACAUCCAGUCGCAGCACGGCGUGCGGGUGGCCUACUCCGAGGCCGACCUGCUCAAGCCUGCGGCCAUUCGUGACAUGGUCAAACAGACCGCCGACUCCUUCGGACGCCUGGACAUCCUGGUCAACAACGCCGGCAUCCAGUUUGUGGCGCCGGUGCACGAGCUGCCCGACGACAAGUGGGACGCCAUCCUGGGCGUGUGCCUCACCGCCACCUUCCACGCCACCAAGGCCGCGCUGCCGCACAUGCUGCAGCAGGGCUGGGGGCGCGUGGUCAACACGGGCUCCAUGCACGCACUGGUGGCCAGCCCCUUCAAGUCCGCCUACAACGCCGCCAAGCACGGAGUGGCGGGAUUCACCAAGACCGUGGCGCUGGAGGUGGCCACCAAGGGCAUCACCGUCAACGCGGUGUGCCCCGGGUAUGCCGACACCGACCUGGUGCGGAACCAGAUCGCGGACACGGCCCGCAUCCGCGGCAUCCCCGUGGAGGCCGUCAUCCGGGACGUGAUGCUGGCGGACCAGCCCACCAAGCAGUUCGUGCAGCCGGACGACAUUGGUGCGCUGGUGGUGCACCUGUGCGGCCCCAACUCCUCGUCUAUCACGGGCGCCUGCAUCAGCAUCGAUGGCGGCUGGACGGCGCGCUAGGGCAGCAGUGGCAGCUGCUGGGGAGGCCCGUAGGGGAAUGGAGGGGCUGCAGCAGGCGCCGCCGGGGGUUGCAGUAACCCGUAGCGGAGGACGCUUUCACUACCGCCGCCCCCUCGCACGCGCACGUUGUGCGGUUGCCGCAACGCACACGGUGCACAUGCUGCAGCUGUGUGCACCAGGCAGGGCAGGGCAGGGCAGGGCAGGGUAGAGCGGGGCAGAGCAGCAGAUAGCCGUCGUCCCUUCAAUGCGGUCACUCGGCGCCUCGGGGCGAGGCUCAGCAAGGGUAACUUUCGACUUACGGCUUCUUGACUUUCCUACAAAGCACAAGCCAGGGAUGAGGAAAGAGAUCACAUCGCAGGGUAGGCAAUUGCAUGCGUGAUUAGAGAGAGUGUUGCUAUUGUGAGGCAGGCUGCCGGGUGACACGAGUAGGCUGCAGGGGCAACACACCGCAUCACCACGAUGAGCCGUGCAGCUGCGGACGGUGGCGUGGUCGAGAGCAAGGAAAGAGCGGGCAGGCGUGUUAGUUUCACGCUGGCGCCAUGAGCCGCAUGCAGACAGACAAUGUACAUACCGUAGUAGAGGCAACAACAUUACCAUAAGACAGUGCAGCGUUUCGCUCCACUAGGGGGCGCGUGUCGUGCGUGGUAUGACGCCCUGGAAACACGCCAGCUUUGCUGGUGGUAAUGGAUUUUGCAGAGGAGUGCUCUCCCGUAGUCACCUGGCCUUCAUGCCAAUACUCAAGCUAGCAGCGCCGUCCCGCCGCUGGAAGCAUUCCAUACAGGGCAGCCGGCCAACUUUAGGCACUGCGGGCAACGCUGGCGCGGCUGUGGGCUCUGGUGCGUUUGUGAGACUGCGCUAGUCACCUCCGCGCCGCUGGGACCUAGUCCCAGGCCGUCGCUAAUGACCUGUGCUGCGUCUGGCUACGGUUGGCUCUGCUGUGGCGUCGCGAUUGCUAGAUAGGCACCUGGUUUGGCAAUGUGCCUGUGGAAACCGACCCCGGCUAUGUCCGGGCGAUGAGGUUGUUCGGCCUCAGACUGUGGAGGGCUCAGCCCCUUUCCCCGUGACCGGGGAACAGUUGUCGCACCUGCACGUUGAUUGAGCUCGACUGUGUGUCAUCGGCCAAGCGCACUGCGCAACGCCGUGGGGGCAUGUCGCCGACUGUAAUACUGAGACCCCU